GCGACAAGCUGGAAGCAGCGACGACGAUGGAGCACCAGCGCUUGGUGUUUGAGGGCUGGGCAUGGAAGCAAGGGAAGGUGAACAAGGCCUUCCGACACCGCUUCUUCAAGCUGCACAAGGAUGGACAUGUUGCGUACUUUGCGGGACCAGAUGCAAUCAAGCCAAAAGGCGUCUUCCAGCUCACACACGAGAGCACGGUGCUUUCGCCAGAGGACCUACUGUCACCUGAGGACGCGGAGGAGCCAGGCUCAGAGCACACACCCCACACACAGGACAGCAGCGCAAGUGGCAACGCUCAUGACGCCGCUGACAACGAGACCGCCAAUCCCUCAGACACAGCAACAGCAGUGACGGCAACAGCAGCGCCACAUGACGGGCUUGGACGGAGCAGCAGUGGCAAGCAACGCGUGCACCGCACGCUGAGUGGCGGCACCGUCACUUGGCCAAAGAACUCGCAGGCAGACGCCCGCAUCGGCAUCGUCACUGCCAAGCGCGUCUUCUAUUUGCAGCUGGACACGGUCGGACGGCGCACUGACUUUCAGACGCAUUUCCAGACAGUGAUUGACGGCUUGCAGCCCGUGCCCACCGCGAACCUCACUGUCAAGGGCAAGGAUGAGGAAGAGGCCGGCGGUGCGCACAUGCGCCACGAUGUCAAGCAUCAGCAGCACGGUGACAUUGAAGACCAGCACGAGUACAUUGACGAGACAGCGGAUGUGGACCAUGAGGAGACGUCCGAUGAGCGCAACGAGUUCUUCCAGCGGCCCUAUCACAAGGUUGUGAUUGUAGGUGCCGGGUUGGCUGGCAUUGCUGCUGCCACACAUCUCCGCGAAGCGCACGGCAUUGCAGAUGUCCUCGUCCUGGAGGCGACUCCACGGCCGGGCGGACGUGUGCGGGCGAUGCAGUUGCCAACACUCUCAAAGGUCUACCUCGACGCAGGCGGCUGCGAGCUGUACGGUACACACGACAACGAUCUCGUGUCCAUGGCACGGGAGGUGGCGUGCGACGUGUUUGAGCUGGCAGACCCUGCACGAAAGGAGCUGGACGUGGGCAUUUCGCGGGCAGGAGAGGUGGUGGGCGAGGACGAGAUUGAGGACGCCAUGGACGUCUACACAGAACUCAUGGAGCAGAUUCGAGACGAUAUUGAGGACAUUCACACGGCGCAUGAGGACCGCGGAUCCGCGCUUCCGAAGGACAGGAGCGUUGCGUCACGUCUUGCACGCGCUAUUCGCACCACUGACGACUGUCGCGAGUUGAGUGCGAGGGCGCGGCAGCUGCUCGGGUAUUUCCGCACACGCGAGGAAGCGCAGCACGUCGCCGCCUUCUCAGCCCUGAGUCGCAACUGGUUCCUCGAACGCAUUCCACUCCCAGGUCGGCCGCUGCUCGUUCGUGAUCUUGCGCACGUCGUCCACGAUCUCGCCAAGCGCGCACACGUCAAAUACAACCAGCCGGUCACACAUAUUGCGGAAGAGGACAACACAAUUGAAGUCAACGGAAAAGAUGUAACGGCACACAUGAAGGUGCGGAACCGCCACGGCCGCGACGUCUUGUGCGAUUUCGUUCUCGUCACCGUCCCCGUCAGGUCUGAAGCGCUCAGCGACGAGGACGUGGCGCCGCUGCUGACGGAAGAGCUGAAGCGCAUGUUUCCCAACGGAUCAGAGGAGGACGUCACGCCGCUGUGCUGCCGCAUGACGCGCUGGUCGCGCCAUCCGCACAUCCACGGCGCCGCCUCCUUCAUCAAAGUCAACGGCUCAGGUGAAGACAUGGACGCGUACGCAGCGCCAGUGGAGAGCACGACUGGGGCCAACCCGCGGCUGUUCUUCGCCGGGGAGGGCACGGAGCGAAGCCACCACGGCACGCUGCACGGCGCUGUGAUCUCGGCCAAGAAGCAGGUGGACCGGAUGGCGGCGAGCAUGCUGCACCGGAGCAUCAACACAACAAAGGCGGUGGCGAAGAAGGCGUCUCUCGUCACCAUUUCCGUCAACGGCUCCUCGUCGCAAUCGGAGAUUUAAGCAACAGCAACCACCUUUGAGUGGAGGGAGAGUUGUAAGGGUACACACACACACACACACUCACACACAUGUAUUGCAGUGGGUGGUUGUAUUUGGUUAUUAAGACAUGGCGUGGUGUGCUGUGUGGUGCUUUCCACCACUGGUGCAUUUGUUCCCGUUUUCAUUGUGUCUUCCACGUACGCAAACGAUACAGUCAGUGCACAAGAAACACGCGAGCAAGAGAA